UUGACUAGAACUAGGCAAAAGUAAAAAGUGAAAAUUAUAAACCGCAAACUUAAGAAUCAUAAAAGAGAAAACUUACUUGAUUUUACAGGUGCAAAAUAUUUAUAUUUACAAGUGUUUUACGAUUCAUUUUAAAGUCUGUAUAAUGAUGUCAACAACAGAGGGGGAAUUGGACGUAGAAAUAUCUCAUGAAAAGGAAGAUGGCGAGUUGGAUGACUCUGAUGUAGAAGAGGGGACUUAUAUACCCUUGGAGCGCCCGGAGGUUUUUAAUCCGCCAUCACUUGUAAAUAUGCAAAUACAAGAUGAGCAAAGUGAUGAAGCUUCACUUGCUGAAUCUUCAGGCUCAGAGUCAGAUGAAGAGCCCAGACGUCGUGCAAAACGUACUAAAGUGAGGCCGCGACGCCCACAACAACAAAAAUCUGACCGCAACAAUAAAUACAAUAUAUGGUGUCAAGCUUUACAGGAAGACCUCUUGACUGAAGACAUGGGCACUUGCGAUGUUUCAAAGAAAAGCAGAUAUGGGGUUGAAUCUUAUGAUUACACUAUUAAGUAUAGAUUAGAUGAUAAUUAUAUUUCUAAGAAAGUAUUUUCUAGUAGUGAUUAUAACCAGACAAAUAAGAGAAAGUAUUCAGACAGAUCCAAUGUUAAGUUAAGAUUGGGGAAAAGAGUUAACAGCCACCAGCCAGUAGAGGAGAAACAAGAGUCAAGAUUUCUGCCAGACCUGGUUUUCACAUCAGAAGAUUCUAUUGCUAACCUUGCAGUAGAUAUUGCUGGAAAGCUAGGUGAAGAAAAGAAAGAUUUAGUUGCUAGAAUUGUAGAGGUGCUUGGUGCCAGUAAGGCAAUUGAAAUAUAUGAAGAGACACAAAAGGUUGAGGCUGAAGGGGGAAUGCUUGUAAUGAAUGGUACACGUCGACGUACACCAGGUGGAGUUUAUUUCUUUCUACUGAAGAAACAUGAUGAUGUGUCACAGGCUAUGAUUAAUCAAAUAUUUAAUGAAGACCGUAAAGAAACAACACGAAAAAUUAAAAAGACGCGCGCUAAGAGUCGUCAAAAGGUCAUGGAACAAUUAAAACAAAGUCUGACAGAUUCUGAACUACCAUCUCUUCUUUCAAGAGGAGAAGCAACCGUACAAACUGAACAUGGUUCAAAUCCACCACCAUCUCCAGCUACAGAUGCCCGAGAAUGUUCAAGCGACACUGAUACUCAUACAGAACACGAGCAGCAACCGUCACCAAUUAGGCCCUCAUCACCAAUACCUGACACUCGACCGAUACAAGCAUAUGAUGAUGAUGACUACCUUGAAGUGAUGUGUAAUGAUGAUAUGGAUAUGCUCUGAAGUAUUGUGAUAUGUGAUUAAGUGUUGUUAAUUAUGAGCAUGAUUUGGUAUUAUGAACAUACCAUUAAAAGUGCUAGAUGCCUAAAUUAUAAAUGCAAUAGUGCAUUAAUAAGUUAUGAUUAAAUUGGAAAGUAGAUAAUCAUUUCAUGUUCUGAAUGCAAUUUAAAUUUUAGAACAUUUUUAUUUUACAAAAAUGACAUAAUUGUAAAGUAAAACCAGUCAAAUUUAUAAUGAAGUAUUUGGUAUAUUUCAUGUACAAAUAUUUUCCUAUUUGCUUUGAGGUUUUUAAUGAUAAACAGCAAUGAUCUGAGUAGGUCAAUGAGAUAGGGGUCCUACUGACAAUGUUGGUAGAAACUAAUUAAAUUAUAAAGGCUGCUACAAUAUUUCUAAUUUUUGCAUGGCUUGACCAAUAUGAUGACAUCCUUAUUUAAAUAAAUGUGUUAGUUAUUAUUAUAUCUUUUUAGUGUAAGGCUAGGCUUUAAGGCCCCUACGGUUAUCAAUCUAGGCUAUGUUGUGCUAGGCCAGUGAUGUUUGGAUGAAAUGAGUAGAGUACUGUGCAACUAUCAGGCUGUGAUUUCUACUGCGGCCCAUUUGCCUGCCUUAUUAUGAGAGCUAUUAUUUGUACUUUGUUACAUGUAAAAAUAAAAUUAACUAAGAAGUAAUAUAAGCAAGGAUUAAAUUUGAGACACAACACUACUUUUAACAGUAAUGGUUUUGUAUUCUAGAUUGUAUCCACCGGAGAUCUAUGAUUACAACUAGUAGGUAUAUUGAAUAUUCAAUGAACUUACUAAUACCAUUGAACAGUGUGAACAGUCAAGCCAUAAAAUAAAUAGUUAUAUUUUGUAUGACACUAUUGAUUGUGAUUCUUAUUUGGAAAAUAACUAAUGUUUGGAAGUAAUAGGCCUAAUUUUAUAUAGUAUUACUAUGAUCAUUGUUUUAAAAAUUGUUUCCUCAAACUGUGGCACAAAUUUU